AUGGCCGAGGUGUGGGGUGUUGUUGAGGGUCUUAAGCUCUCUUUCUCUAGAGGUUUUAGGAAGGUUGUUGUUAGUAUUGACUCUAAACGAGUUAUUCAAGCAAUCUUGCAUAAAGAGAACAAUGGUGAUUCUGACUUGGCCUUGAUUCGUCAUAUUCGUUUGCUAAUGGCCGAUCAUGAUGUCGUGAUGUUAGAGCAUUCCUUUCGAGAAGUAAAUUGUGUAGCUGAUGAGCUAGCUAAGGUUGGACGGCUUUUGAAGAUUGACUGCAAGUUUUUCGACGAGGCUCCUGAUUUCCUAAAAAUCUUCUUCGAAAGGAUUCUCUUGGUUUUUCUUCUCCUAGAAUAG